UCAGGUGCCUAAACAAUAAGAAUUUGCAGGGAGAAUGUGUGUGCGUGAAGUCAACAAAAGGCUUGUUUUACCGGGCAGCGAGUCGGUGAAGGACUACCAAGCCUAGAGAAACCGGAAAAAGUGACGUUAUGACGAGAGUAUGGCUGAUAAAGGCCCUUUUUUAACAUCGUGUAUCAUCUUCUACUUGUCCAUCGGAGCGGCGAUAUUCCAGAUACUCGAAGAGCCCAACUGGGAGUCAGCCCGCAGCAAAUAUCUUCUUCAAAAGGAAGAUGUUUUACAGAAGUACCCUUGCUUGAGGAAAGAAGAUCUGGAUGAGAUUCUGAAGGUAGUGUCGGAUGCUGCAGGCCAAGGUGUGUCUAUCACAGGGAACAAACACCACCACAUGUGGGAUUGGGGCAACUCUGUCAUCUUUGCUGCAACUAUUGUCACAACGAUAGGCUACGGUAACGUUGCUCCAAAAACCAAAGGAGGCCGUGUGUUCUGCAUCCUGUACGGUCUGUGUGGGAUUCCACUGUGUCUGGUGUGGAUCAGCACACUGGGUUCGUUCUUUGGAGACCGAGCCAAACGCCUUUCCCAAGUUCUGAUCCGUAGAGGCGUGCCAGUGAAACGUGUUCAGCUGAUCUGCACAGCAAUCUUCCUCUUAUGGGGGCUCUUUGUGCACCUGGUGUUUCCGCCAUUGGUUUUCAUGUCCAUGGAAGGAUGGAGCUACUUGGAAGGCCUCUACUUUUCCUUCAUAACUCUCACAACUGUUGGAUUUGGGGAUUAUGUAGCAGGUGUGAAUCCAAACAUUGACUACCCGAGGCUGUACCGAGUGCUGUCAGAGAUCUGGAUCUACAUGGGCCUGGCCUGGCUCUCGCUAUUCUUCAGCUGGAACGUCAACAUGGUCGUGGAGGCCCACAAGGUGUUUAAGAAGAGACGAUACGAACGCAAAGGCAAACACGUUGAGACGCCCGUUGACACGCCCAGAACGACCGUCGUCGACAUAUUUAAGUUCUUAUCAGAGAAAGAGGAAGACUACAGCACCGUCAUCAAGGAGAUCGGAAUGACGGCACCGAAGGUCAAAGCGGCCGAUGUUUUCAAUCGCUCCAAGAGCUGCAGCGACAUCUUGACCACCCACAUCGAGAAGCUGGAUCACUCGCCGCGGCACGGAGGGCCGUUGAGCAUCAGCGAAGUGUUUCUGAACUCUUUGGGCGGCAAAAAGGAAGAAAGCCAAGAGAAGUGCGGGACGGGAGAAGCAACAGAGAGCGCGGGUAGCGACGACACACACGGCGAUGGCGUCAGCGCCACGAGUGAGGGCAUUGAAUUUAAUGUAGCAGCCUCAACAACGCAGGAAGGAAGGUCACAACUUAACGAGAGUGCCACUCGGUUCACAAUUAGCAAAGUAGAAGAGGAAGAUUUAUCUCACGAUGAAAUGGGGUAGGUUUUUUGUUUAGUUUCUAUAAAAAAGAUAAUUGGCUUUCGGGUGAAAUUUCAGAAUAAUUCUAAAAUGCACUUUAAUAUUCACAGGUGAACUUAAUUUGGCCUUCUCCAAAACUUUGAAUGCAAAUGUUCAACAUUGUACUACUUAUCAAACUGAAUAAUUGUGUCAUCCAUGAAUGGACCAAUAAAUAUUACUGUUUCAUUCAAAUAGGAAAUGUAUCAAUCUUAAUCAUAAUGCUCACAUUUUGCAUUAUUGUUGAUCAACAGCGUUGCCACGGUAUGUUCUCACUGAUCAAAUGUAAUUAUAUUGCACUUUUUUCAUGCACAGGCAAGUUGCAACACAAAGUGCUUAGUUUAAGAAAAAACAAACACAUGCAAGCACAGCACAAUCGACAAUAACUAAAUAUGGCACUCAGGAUUCAGGGAAAAAACAUCACUUUUGAGGUGUCCACACUGAAUAAUGACAAAAAAAUGUUUACAUUAUUAAAAAAAAGUUAUUUAAACUACAUUUUGAAAUAUAUGUAAAAAUAUAAAUAAAAAAAUAUAUACCAUAUUUUCCAGACUAUAAGUCGCAUCCACUACAUUUUAGAAGAAGAAAAAUGAUCUUUCCAUAUAUUAGCUGCACUGGACUAUUAACCGCAGAUAUAUACCGGUUUGUUAUGAAAUUUGAUAUUUACAUAGAAAGAUUUUGUAAAUGUUUGUUUACAUAUCAUUAUUGUUUCCAAACAGUGCCUGUAACACGGCAGUAAAACGGCUGAUCAAACAAAACAGAAAAGUGAUAGAUGUCUUUAGUCGUCCUUUAUGAGAUGAAUACGUUUUUAUCUCUUUUUUAAGGUUCAAGAGGGUUAUCAGAAUUCUUCUUCCUUGUGCAAUGUAAACAUGUUGAGUUUGAACAGUUUCUUAAAGUGGACCAUUUUAGAACAUUGUUUGGCUUCUUUGCUUGCUCCGUUCCGUAAUUUAGCCGUUCGCGAAGAAAAAUCCAUGAGAUUAGCCGCACUUUUGUAUAAAUCGCAGGGUUAAAAGCUUGGGGAAAAAGUAACGGCAAAAUAGAUAAAAUAGUGAGAAUGACUGUUGCAAUAAAAUAUAAAUUAAGAUUGUUGAUAAUAAUAUUAUCAGGUUGCAACUGAGAUACAGAAAAACUAGAAGAGUGUAUUUCUCCAUUCAUGGAUUGCACAACUGUUGGGCAUUUUGCGGUUUUGUUUUUUUUUUCAUUGGAGAACAGCAAGUACAUUUGUCCCUCACCACAUUGCGCCUCAAAUAUUUUUGAUCACGUUACAGAUUUUCUUUAAGCACAAUUUAUAACAAGUUUGCCUUAAAUUAAGCCUUUUCAAGCAUAAAAAUGGCUAAAUAUAAAUAAACAUUACUAUAUAGGAUUAACAGAGUGUAAAGGUGACUAAAUUGUGUGAUUUCAUGUGCAGAGGGCUCUCAAAAUGUUAAAGUGUUAUUUAGAAGCUUGUAAACUAGUGUUUCAAUGCUCUAAUGAUGGAAAUAUUAUAAUUAUAAUUGAUUACUACUUCGCGGGAUUUCAUUUAUCACAGCCAUGUCCUGAAUUAAACGAGGGAUUAGUGUAGUGUAACAGUAGAGAAACAGAAUAAUGCAUUCGGAAGUUCAGAGAAGGUCAAAUAAAAUUAAUCUGUGAAUUAUUGAGCAUUUUAGGUUUAUCCUAAAAUUUUACUUAAAAGCCGAGUAACUUUUUGUGAAAGGUGUAGUCAGGACCUGUUCCACUCCUUUUUGGGAAGUAUUAUAAUUUUGAUGCAUUAACUUCAGGGGUGUCCACUUUUUUCAUUGAGGGCUGCAUAGUGACAUUGGAGAAUGCUGGAAGCCUUUUAGAUACGUUUCAUACACUUAAGACGCUAAUUAAUAACAAAGUACUUACUUAACAAUAGACCAAGGGAUAAAAAAAAAACAACUAUCCACACCCAGAGAAUGGCCACUAGACCGCACUUUGGACGGCCUUUAUAUACUUGAACUGGAGAUCUGUCUCUCUCUUCAUGGAAGACCUCUGAGAGUGUCUGAUUUCCAUCCAUUCAGCCGGCUGAUGUUCAACAUUUUCCACAAAGUGCCACCUAUAUUUCUUGGGACACCUUUGGAGAUGUAUCAACUUUUCUCUGAAGUUUACUGUCUUAUCACAUAUUGAUGUCACAGGCUUGCAUUAAAGACAUUGCACAGAUUAUAGAAAGGCAUUUUGUACAAAAAAAACUUUCUUAUAUUGGCGAUAAGCUGACAACCCAAGCAACCCAGCUUGUGGGGGCUUGUAACUUCAGCUUUACAGGUAUGAGGUUAGUUCCAAUUCAAUUUCAGCAAAUCCUUGGCUAAUACAUUUGUACAUUUGUUCGUCACACACGGUGUAGUUGUCCCAUCAGGGGUCACCACAGGGAGUGAUUCUCAGGAUUUCUUUGGCUUAGUUUUUACACCGGAUACCCUCCAAGGAUUUCCUUCCUGACAAAGCACUGCCAUUUAUCCGGGCUUGGGACAGAGGAACGCCAAAGGAUGGGAAUCGAACAAUGGACCAAAAUUUCCCACAUAUUGUUGUUUAUUCUCUGAGGGGAGGCUCACUUUAAUAAACAAUUCAAUGGUAAACCUGUCACACAUCUUCUAGCAUCUUGUGAUCCACAUCAUUGCCAAUGUAUACUCAAAGCUAGGGACAUUUGACAAAAAUGAUAGGGGAAAUUAACAUUUGAUUUUUAACAGUUAUUUAUAUUUAUCAUUUAUACAUACAU